GGGAAGGAGGAAGGGAACCUCAAAGGCCAAGGCCAGCCAGGACACCCCCUGGGAUCACACUGAACUCGCCACAUCCCCAACGCGGCCGAACCCUCUGCGCCAACAAGCCCAGGUCAUACCCGAGGCCCCAUGGAGUUCCCUGGCCUAGGGGCCCUGGGGACCUCGGAGCCCCUGCCCCAGUUUGUGGACCCGGCCUUGGUAUCGUCACCACCGGAGUCGGGGGUCUUCUUCCCCUCUGGGCCAGAGGGCUUGGAUGCAGCAGCCUCCUCCACGGCCCCCAGCACGGCCACGGCCGCAGCGGCUCUGGCCUACUACAGGGAUGCCGAAGCCUACAGGCACUCCCCAGUCUUUCAGGUGUACCCACUGCUCAACUGCAUGGAGGGGAUCCCAGGGGGCUCACCGUACACUGGCUGGACCUACGGCAAGACAGGGCUCUACCCUGCCUCGACUGUGUGCCCCACCCGCGAGGACUCCCCUCCCCAGGCCCCAGAAGACCCAGAUGGGAAAGGCGGCAGCAGCUUCCUGGAGACCUUAAAGACAGAGCGGCUAAGUCCAGAUCUCUUGACGCUGGGGCCUGCACUGCCUUCAUCAAUCCCUGUCCCCAGCAGUGCCUACGGGGGUCCUGACUUUUCCAGUACCUUCUUUUCUCCCACCGGGAGCCCCCUCAAUCCAGCGGCCUAUUCCUCCCCCAAGCUUCGUGGAACACUGCCCUUGCCCCCCUGCGAGGCCAGGGAAUGUGUAAACUGCGGAGCAACAGCCACUCCACUGUGGCGGCGGGACAGGACGGGCCACUACCUAUGCAAUGCCUGUGGCCUCUAUCACAAGAUGAAUGGGCAGAACAGGCCCCUCAUCCGGCCCAAGAAGCGCCUGAUUGUCAGCAAACGGGCAGGUACUCAGUGCACCAACUGCCAGACAACCACCACGACACUGUGGCGGAGAAAUGCCAGUGGGGACCCUGUGUGUAAUGCCUGUGGCCUCUACUACAAGCUACACCAGGUGAACCGGCCACUGACCAUGCGGAAGGAUGGUAUACAGACUCGAAACCGCAAGGCAUCUGGAAAAGGGAAAAAGAAACGAGGGUCAAGUCUGGGAGGUACAGGAGGAGCUGAAGGACCGGCUGGUGGCUUCAUGGUGGUGGCUGGGAGCAGCGGGAGUGGGAAUUGUGGCGAGGUGGCCUCAAGCUUGACAUUGGGCCCGCCCAGUACUGCCCAUCUCUAUCAAGGCCUGGGCCCCGUGGUGCUGUCGGGGCCUGUUAGCCACCUCAUGCCUUUCCCAGGACCCCUCUUGGGGUCCUCCGCCAGCUCCUUUCCCACAGGUCCUGUUCCUCCCACCACCACCACCACUGUGGUGGCUCCACUCAGCUCCUGAGGGCACAGAGCAUGGCCUCAGGGCAGGAGGGUGGGGUCCCUCUCCUAUGUAGCCAGCAGUCUGUACCACCCCACCCUCUGGGCCCCAGCCAUCCCUUGGCCUGGAUCUUCAAAGAUUUUUGUAAAAUAAAACCACCAAAGUCCUGAAAGCA